GUACGCAACGCCCUAAAAAAGCGAGAAAAGGAGAUGCUUCGCCAUCGAAAGCGUCGCCUGCAGCACAAAACCAACAUGAAAAAAGCUUGUGACGAAAACCCAAGUUUAAAAAAAAAAUUGAAAAUUAGAGGAGCUAAUGGCAGGCCACGCAUUGAAUGCGAUCAACCACAUCUACUCUCCGCAAUCGUCGAAUUAGCACUACAUGGUUCUGCUGCACACGAAAGGCGUCGUGACGAAACCAUUCGAACGGUUAAAACACUCGACGACUUAGUGAACAAACUGCACGAAGAUUAUGGCAUCACCCUGUCCAGAACUGCUGCGUACCUACGUCUGUUGCCAAGAAAAUCAAAUUCCGCUGAGGGAAAGCGUCACAUCACCACGGUACCGGUGAAAUUAGCUAAGUCAUCCAAUGACACACACAAGCAACAUAUUGACACUAAAUUUGCAAUGACAACCAUCAAUCACAUAUGUCAAAUUGCGUCUCUGCUAGGACCGAAUGAGGUGACAUAUAUGAGUCAAGACGACAAGGCCAAAAUUCCGUUGGGCUUACCAGCGGUGAAUGCACAGGCUCCAUUGUUAAUGCACAUGCAGUAUAGAGUAUCGUUGCCCGAUCAUGAUUUCAUGAUUGCGAAAGGUCACAAACUUACACCAUCAGUUUAUGCAUUCUGUAGCGUAAAAUCUGAUGGCGGUGGUGAUCGAUCUGCUGUGACCUAUUCUGGCCCGACAUUCGUAGCUAUACGAUCAGCUAAGCACACAUCUUCUACGGCGAUGUCUCACGCGCAUGACAUAGAAAGAAUAUAUCAAAUGCCGGACUUUGAAUCGUUUACCCAUACCAUAUCGAACGGAGACAAAAAACCCAAGCCAGUAUUAAUUUCCAUCGUAGACGGCGGCCCGGACGAGAAUCCAAGGUAUGAGAAAGUGAUAAGAAUGAGCGUUCAUCACUUCCUCAAGUACGAUUUGGAUGCGCUAUUCAUCGCUUGUAAUGCGCCUGGUCGAAGUGCAUAUAACAGAGUAGAGCGACGUAUGGCACCACUUAGUAAAGCACUAUCAGGCAUGAUUUUACCACACGAUCGCUACGGAACACAUUUGGAUAGUCAAGGUCGUACGAUUGACUUAGAUCUUGAGAAAACGAAUUUCUCUCAUGCUGGGAAGGCCUUGGCCGACGUUUGGUCCGAACUUAUUAUCGACGAAUAUGUAACAGUAGCAGAGUAUAUCGAGCCGGAAGAUUCGUCGAUUGACGAUAUUGCAGUUAUUUCGAAAGACACAACUUGGAAUGACAGUCACGUCUUCCAGUCACAAUAUUUGCUUCAAGUACUGAAGUGUGCGAACGAGAAUUGUUGUAAACCGAGACGCAGUUCAAUUUUUAAAUUUUUACAUCCCACCGGCCUGCCACCACCGAUACCGAUUCAACAAACCAAAGACGGGCUUAAAAUAGCAGAACUGAAGGACAUUGACAAAUAUGCAGAUUUAUUCGUGACCCUAUCGAUCAGUGAAGCCGAAAAGCUUAAAAUGUUGCCUGAAAUCUCAACGAAAAAAGUUGUUUACGAUUCGUUCUGUCCGUCUGUACAAGACAAAAUAAUUGGUAGGGUCUGUGUUUGCGGCCGCUACUUUAGUUCAGUAUCGUCAAUGAAAAGCCAUUUAAAAGCAAACUUUUCAUGUAAAAAAUCAGUACCGCCGGUAAAAGCUGUAAAGUUGUUAGGGCAACGGAAAGACGAGAAGCUAGUUCUUGUUCAAUAUGACACCGAGGAAGAUAUCGAGUGGGUGUAUGAUCUAGAUCUUGAAAGCGAAGAAGAGUUUGUAGAGAAAGUACAGCCUGAAAACGAACAUUUUUCGAUUGAAAAAGUUUUGACUCCAGUUUGGAAGGAGGACAAACAAUAAUUUUGAUUCUAAAAUAAAUAUUUUGAUUUGAAA